AUGAGAGUCAACUCGCACUCGCCGUCACCACUAGCAUCCGAACCCAUUCCACUUCCAUCGUGCCAGUAUAAAGUGGAAAUGAGUUCCAACGCCUCGACGGCAGCCAGCUCACCGGCUGUCGUCACUAUUGGCGAUUCUGUCGUCCAUCUGUGGACAUGUGGUGAUCCGAUUCACAGCAGCAUCUACUGCAUGCAGGUUCAUUCGUGUGUGGCCGAUGACGGUGGUAGCGCAAAAGUCACAGUCGUGGAUUCUAACGGAUGUCCCACAGACGAAGAGCUGCUGAGCUCUAUCACAUAUCCUACUCCGCUGAGGGCAUUCGCUCGAUCCCGAGUCUUCAAAUUUGCCGACAAAAGUGAUAUCAAUUUUGCCUGCCAAAUACGGCUCAUGAUGAAACAAGACGCCGGAAAUGGGACAUGCACGGUGGGUGCCAGAGUGUUCAAAGAGACGACGGCGGUCCAUUGGCCGAACUCGUAUAGCGAGAUCCGUAGUAUUCGACGUUGUCGCCUCUCCGAUGACAGUGUUGGAAACGCAAAGCUACGAUCACUUCUCUUCUCAAAGGGAGUUGAUCUGUCCGUUCGUCACAGCACCACUGCUUGUACUGUCAGCUUCAUUUUGCUGCUACGUGACCUUUACAAUCUUCUAUAUGUGUAG